AUGUUUUUUUUGCCUUUCCUCUUCCCUACCCCACCUCCUCUCUCUUCCCAUCCAUUUCCUCUCCCUCCGCCGCUCCUCCUCUCCCACCUUCCCUACUCUCUCCCUCCUCCCACUUCCCCUCUCCUCUCACUCUCCCCCUACCCUCACUCCCCCCUCCUCUACUUCCCCGUCUCCCCUCACUCCACCUCUCCUCUCACUCCCCCUCUUUUCUCCCUCCCCUCUCCUCUCUCAGCGGUAGACGCGUCUGGCGUUGCAGCAGUGGGCGUGGGCUUUGGGAGCAUGGCAGGGAGGCAGGGAGGGAGGCAGGCAGGGAGGCAGGGAGGGAGGCAGGCAGGGAGGCAGGGAGGGAGGCAGACAGGGAGGCAGGGAGGGAGGCAGGCAGGGAGGCAGGGAGGCAGGCAGGGAGGCAGGGAGGGAGGCAGGAAUGGAGGCAGGGAGGUAGGGAGGCAGGCAGGGAGGCAGGGAGGCAGGCAGGGAGGCAGGCAGGGAGGCAGGGAGGCAGGGAGGCAGGCAGGGAGGCAGGGAGGCAGGGAGGCAGGGAGGCAGGCAGGGAGGCAGGGAGGCAGGCAGGGAGGCAGGGAGGCAGGCAGGGAGGCAGGGAGGCAGGCAGGGAGGCAGGGAGGCAGGCAGGGAGGCAGGCAGGGAGGCAGGGAGGCAGGCAGGGAGGCAGGGAGGCAGGCAGGGAGGCAGGGAGGCAGGCAGGGAGGCAGGGAGGCAGGCAGGGAGGCAGGCAGGGAGGCAGGCAGGGAGGCAGGGAGGCAGGGAGGGAGGCAGGGAGGCAGGGAGGCAGGGAGGGAGGGAGGCAGGGAGGCAGGGAAGCAGGGAGGGAGGGAGGCAGGGAGGGAGGGAGGCAGGGAGGCAGGGAGGCAGGGAGGCAGGCAGGGAGGCAGGGAGGCAGGGAGGCAGGGAGGCAGGCAGGGAGGCAGGGAGGCAGGCAGGGAGGCAGGGAGGCAGGCAGGGAGGCAGGGAGGCACGCAGGGAGGCAGGGAGGCAGGGAGGGAGGCAGGCAGGGAGGCAGGGAGGCAGGGAGGCAGGGAGGCAGGCAGGGAGGCAGGGAGGCAGGCAGGGAGGCAGGGAGGCAGGCAGGGAGGCAGGGAGGCAGGCAGGGAGGCAGGGAGGCAGGCAGGGAGGCAGGGAGGCAGGCAGGGAGGCAGGGAGGCAGGCAGGGAGGCAGGCAGGGAGGCAGGCAGGGAGGCAGGGAGGCAGGCAGGGAGGCAGGGAGGCAGGCAGGGAGGCAGGGAGGCAGGCAGGGAGGCAGGGAGGCAGGCAGGGAGGCAGGCAGGGAGGCAGGCAGGGAGGCAGGGAGGCAGGGAGGGAGGCAGGGAGGCAGGGAGGCAGGGAGGGAGGGAGGCAGGGAGGCAGGGAGGGAGGGAGGCAGGGAGGGAGGGAGGCAGGGAGGCAGGGAGGGAGGGAGUCAGGGAGGCAGGGAGGGAGGCAACAGGACACACUUAA